GAGAGGCUAACACUGCGGGCUCGAGACUGUUUUUUAACUAAUUAAACUUGAUUUUAUUUUAUUUUAUUAUAUUUUAUCUCUGCGGGUUCAGCUCGAGUCCUUUUAUCUCCCUGAAGAAGUUUAUCAGAGUCAUGGCGGAGGACUGCGGCUCACUUAACCCCGCCAAGAGGAAGCCUCCAGCGGGGAGGAAGAGCCGACAGCUGCCGAGGAAGAGCUCCAGCAGCCGGGUGAGUCUGGAGAAGGUUUUGGGCAUCAGCUCCAUCAGCAGCAGCAGUUUGACCUCUGACCCCAACACAGGACUGAUCGCCUACCCUGCAGGGUGCGUGGUCGUGCUGCUUCAGCCCAAGAAGAACAAACAGACUCACAUCAUCAACACGUCCAGGAAGCCUUUCAGCGCUCUGGCCUUCUCUCAUGAUGGGAAACACCUGGUGACCGGAGAGAGCGGUCACAUGCCGUGUGUGCGUGUGUGGGAGGUGGACGGCGGCAGUCAGGUGGCCGAGGUUCAGACCCAUAAAUACGGCGUUUCCUGCGUAGCGUUCUCCACCAACAGCUGCUACAUCAUCUCCGUUGGUUACCAGCACGACAUGACCGUCAGCGUGUGGGACUGGAGGAAGGGUUCGAUCAUCGCCUCUAACAAAGUGUCCAGCAGAGUUUCGGCCGUCUCCUUCUCUCAGGACAACAGCUACUUCGUUACCGCCGGCAACCGACACGUCAAAUUCUGGUACCUGGACGCCUCCAAAGAGCGGCGGGUGAACAGCACGGUGCCUCUGAUUGGUCGGUCGGCGUUGCUAGGCGACAAUAAGAACAGCGUGUUCAGCGGGGUGUCGUGUGGGCGGGGCCUCAUGGCGUCCAGCACCUAUUGCAUCACCAGCUCUGGUCUGCUCUGUCUGUUCAACAGCAGCCGACAGCUGGAGGCCUGGGUCAACCUGAAGACGAAGUCGUCCAGCUGUCUCGUGGUCAGUGAGGAUCUGAUCUUCUGCGGCUGCUCUGACGGAGUCGUCCGAGUGUUCAGUCCGAGCAACCUGCAGUACGUCACCACGCUGCCCCGACCGCACCGCCUCGGCGUCGACCUCACCAAGACGGCUCAGCACAGCAGCGCCUCACCUGCCGGCCCUGAAGCUCAGUACCCCGACGCCGUGGCUCUGACCUUUGACCCCGCCGCCAGACACCUGACCUGCGUGUACAACGACCACAGUGUGUACGUGUGGGACGUUAAAGACGUGAGGAACGUGGGGAAGCUGUACUCUGCUCUGUACCACAGCAGCUGUGUGUGGAGCCUGGAGGUGUAUCCGGAGCUGUCAGACCCAGCUCAGGCCUGUCUGCCUCCGUCCUCCUUCCUCACCUGCUCAUCUGAUAACACCAUCAGACUGUGGCACACCGACCCCCCCACCGGCCUCAGAAACCUGUACAGCAACGACCUGCUGAGGAUCCUGUACGUUGGGGAGAACACGCAGCACCUGCAGGCGGAGGGAGAAGCAGCCGGAGCCGACGGGAAGGCCGGGAUCAGAGUGCUGGGGGUCAGUCCUGAUGGGCAACACCUGGCGGCUGGAGACCGCUGCGGGAACCUGCGGAUCUUUGGUCUGGAGUUCCUGGACGAGCUGGUGAAGAUCGAGGCUCAUGACUCGGAGGUGUUGUGUCUGGAGUUCUCUCCCUCCUCCACAGGUGUGAAGCUGCUGGCCUCAGCGAGCAGAGAUCGACUGAUCCACGUCUUCAACCUGGAGAAGAACUACAGUCUGGAGCAGACUAUGAACGACCACUCAGCCUCCAUCACUGCUGUUAGGUUCACAGGUGAGAGUCCGGAGGUGCGGAUGGUGAGCUGUGGAGCUGAUAAGAGCAUCUACUUCCAGACCGCUGAGCAGACGGCGGAGGGUGUGUCUUUCUGCAGGAGUCAUCACGUAGUGGAGAAGACGAUGCUGUACGACAUGGAUCUGGACUCCUCGAGGACUCACGUCGCUGCCGCCUGCCAGGACCGAAACGUCCGGGUUUAUAACGUGGAAACUGGGAAGCUGAAGAAGUGUCUGAAAGGUUCGUCCACUGAUGAAGGAGCCCUGCUGAAGGUCCACAUUGAUCCGUCAGGUUCAUACUUCGCCACCAGCUGCUCCGAUAAGAACAUCACCAUCUUUGACUACGAGUCAGGAGAGUGUAUCGCCACCCUGUUCGGACACUCAGAGAUCGUCACCUGUAUGAGGUUCAGUCAGGACUGCAGACACCUCAUCACUGUGUCAGGAGACAGUUGUGUGUUUGUGUGGCGGCUGGACUCCCAGAUGACCAGCACCAUGAGGAAGAGGCGGGGCCUCCACAGACCAGCUGCACCUGAAACCUUCAGCAGCAAACAGAAGAGCAUCAGGAGGGAAACCUUCAUCACCGCUCCGUCCUCUCUGCUGCCUCACACCGAGGAAGAGGAGGAAGAGCUCAGGACUCCAGGCAGACUGGACCCAGCUCAGGACGUUCGGCUGCUGCAGACCAACGGGAAGCUGCCCAUGUGGUUCAGGAAACUGCAGGGUCAUGGUGGAGUCUCCUCUGCCGUCCAAUCAGACGCUGACCCUGAGCCUCGCCAGGUGCGCGGUCGGUGGGCGGAGCAGCUGAACCCUCUGACCAUCUGCUCCCACUUCUCCCCGAGUCCCACCAAGAGCCAGGAGGAGGAGGAGGAGGAGGAGGACGAAGACUUCCACCCGCAGAGUCUGGACAGUCUGCUGGCAGAGGACGAAGAGGAGGAGGAGGAGGAGGAGGAAGAGGAGGGGAGAGAGGAGGAGGUGAAGGUGCUGCAGACUACAGGAGGCAGGAGCAGCUUCAUCCUCUACCCCAACACCUCCACCUCUGACAGGGAGUUUGAUGUUCAGGCUGAGGUCAGAGGUCAGGUGACGGGGCCUGUGUGGAGCAGUCAGCUGAGUCCAGACUCCGCCUGCUCAGAGGGGUCGGCAGGAAGUGUGGAGCAGCAGCAGGACGCUGACACUGACUCUCUGAGCCAGGGCAGCUCAGUGGGCAGUCUGGGUUUGGAGGACGACGACGACAGGAACUCUCUGAAGAACCACUUCGACACGCUGUGCUGCAACCUGUCUGACGAGAAGUUUGACACUGACCUGCGGACCCUGCAGCCUCUGGAGGAAAAACAGUUCCUGAACCCUCGACUCAGUAUCUCCACCCGCUUCCUGUCCCGCUACCAGGACCGGAUCAGGACGUGGCCGAGUAGAGCUCCGCCUCCUGUCUCCAUCCCAUCAAGGAUCUCAGAGGAGAACAGCAUCAGCAACACAUCGGUGAGCUCGACCUCCCGCAGGGAAGUGACAUCAUCAGAGUCGACUCAGAAGGAAAAGAGCAGCAAAGCGAGCAGCAGAUUGGUCCUAAGGAGAACUUCCUGCAUGAUUUCCCAGCAGCCUCGGUGUCGCCCAUUACGCCGACGACACACUGUGGUCGUCCACUGCCGAGAGAAGCUGGGAGGCGUCGCCGCGGCUCUGCCUGUGGCCCAGCAGGGGGCGCCGCCACCCGGACCCCAGGGAACCAGCCAGGACCCCCCCUCCUCCACAGACCUCCACCUGGACCAGACCAGCAGCGUCUUUCUGCAGGAAGCUGAGGCUGCUGGGAGCUCGGUGGCCACGCCCACUACGAUGAUGUCACCCAGCGAUGAGGACACGCCGACCAAUCAGAACCAAACCUUGAUCCUCAGCCCCGCCCCUUCCAUCACCCCCUCGGCCACACCCACUUCCCGUGACAUCAUCAGCCGGCCAGCUGAUCCAGGUGACGGUGUCAGUGAGGUCAUCAGCGUGCUGCAGUGUCAGCAGGUCGCCGACGAGCUGAAACAGACAGUGAGACACGCCGUCCACCUUUACACACAGCUCAGCUCAGCGUCUGGAGAACGGCAGCAGUCGGUGCUGCAGGAGGCGUUUGAUGUUGUUCACCUGGAGCUGCAGGCGGUGCUGCGGGGGGGCAGCGGCGCCCCCUCUGGUGACCUGCGGGACAGCGGCGCCCCCUCUGGUGACCUGCGGGGCAGCGGCGCCCCCUCUGGUGACCUGCGGGACAGCGGGGCCCCCUCUGGUGACCUGCGGGACAGCGGCGCCCCCUCUGGUGACCUGCGGGACAGCGGCGCCCCCUCUGGUGACCUGCGGGACGACAGGACGACGUCUCUGCUGGAGAAAUACUCCGAGCUGCUGGUUCAGAUGACCCAGAACAAACUGAACCGGGUCUGA